AGCACUUCAAAAAAAGAAAAGAAAUGGUUUGGAGGCAGGCCCCCUCCUCUUUCUCAUUUUCUCUGAAGUGUGGAAAUUCAGAGCAGGAUUCAGAGCAGGGAGAGAGAGAGAGAGUUGCCACGUAUACUUUCCAGGUGUAGAUUCAUAAGGGAGCAUCCAUUGCACAUACCUGUUUGGGUGCUCCAUUAGCAGUCCUAAAAGAGUAGAGUGGUACUUGCCUUGUCUGUCUGUGCAUUUGUCGCUUUUUUCCCUUUUCCUUUUUACACAGGCAUCUUGAGUUAAAACUGUGUCGCCAAAAGAGGUUCUAUUGCCUUUCCUGAGAAAAGCAGAUCUGUGGAUCAAUGGGCACUUUGUGUAUCUUUCUCAUUAAUAGGCUGUUUGUGAUUUGGCAGCUUGGUAGCUUUGAGAUGAUCAGCCUCUUCCCUUGGAGGGCUUAGGGGAGACUGGAGCGGCGAAGCUUUUGCGGGCAGCGAUCUGCAGCAUGUUUGCGGAGUGAAGUGUGAUGUGCUGGGUUUUCUCUGACUGCCCAAAGUUGGAGCGGAGCUUAUGUUGUCAACUCAGAUUGGACAUGCACAGCUCUGAAGUCCCUGCAAAAAAGCUGAAGGGAGACAAGGGGGGAAAUGUGCUGACCAGCAGCUGAUGGGCAGAAGCAGCCGAGUGAAGAUGGAGAACACUACAGACAAUGGACAGAAUCAAACAGAGUUCUUGCCGAUCCGGGAGGUGGCCACCCUUGAAUACCAAGUGGUCACCAUCUUCUUGGUCCUCCUCAUCUGCGGGUUGGGCAUCAUAGGCAACAUCAUGGUGGUGCUCGUGGUACUCAGGACGAAGCAUAUGAGGACCCCUACAAAUUGUUACCUGGUGAGCCUUGCUGUGGCGGACCUCAUGGUGCUUGUGGCUGCCGGGCUUCCCAACAUCACGGAGAGCAUCUAUGGAUCCUGGGUCUAUGGCUACAUUGGGUGUCUCUGCAUCACUUACCUCCAAUAUCUCGGCAUCAACGCUUCUUCUUGUUCUAUAACCGCCUUCACCGUUGAGAGGUACAUAGCUAUCUGCCACCCUAUCAAAGCCCAGUUUCUAUGCACAUUCUCAAGAGCCAAAAAGAUAAUUAUUUUUGUCUGGGCUUUCACCUCCAUCUACUGCAUGCUCUGGUUUUUCUUAUUAGAUCUCAACAUGGUAGCCUACAAAGAUGCCACUGUAGUGUCCUGCGGGUACAAAGUGCCCAGGAGCUACUAUUCUCCAAUCUAUAUGAUGGACUUUGGGAUAUUUUACGUCAUGCCAAUGAUAUUAGCAACUGUCCUCUAUGGGUUGAUUGCCAGGAUAUUGUUCCUAAAUCCCAUCUCGGCUGACCCAAAAGAAAACUCAAAGAUGUGGAAGAAUGAUGUGGCUGCCUCAAACAAGACCAAAACAACCAACAAGGGUAUCAACAGUGCUGUGGCUUCCAGAAGGCAGGUUACCAAGAUGCUGGCUGUGGUUGUAAUCCUCUUUGCAUUUUUGUGGAUGCCCUACAGGACCCUGGUGGUUAUCAACUCUUUCCUGUCUCGCCCUUUCCAAGAAAAUUGGUUCCUGCUCUUCUGCAGGAUCUGCAUUUACCUAAACAGUGCUAUCAACCCUGUGAUUUACAACCUCAUGUCCCAAAAAUUCAGAGCAGCCUUCAAGAAACUCUGCAAAUGCCAGCAGAAGCAGUCGGAGAAGCCCAACAACUACAGCGUGGCCCUAAACUACAGCGUCAUCAAGGAGACAGACCAUUUCCACACUGAGCUAGAAGACAUCACCGUCACAGACGCUUAUCUGUCAUCCACCCAAGUGUCUUUCGAUGAUACCUGUGUGUCUUCUGAGGUGCUGUGACGUUGGAGCCUGCAUCUGCUCUGUCUCUCUUACUUUAUUUGAUCUCGCAGAGCCACCCAGUUCUGAACCAGUCUGGUUGUUUUCUAGUUAUAUUUGAUGUGAUCGAGCUUGAUAUGACAAAUGCUGGCCCUGUUCACACCACAGGGAAGCUGCUUCGUUUCAUUAAACUACGCUUGCUGUAUGGAAACUAAGAGGCACUUGGCAGAAGUGUGUGCAUUGUUACGCAUUCCUUUCUAAACCAUGCACUAUGAAGCGAAAGCUGCCCAACCAAUUAUCCAGGGCAGGACUCCCCAAACUUGCAUCCCGACGUGUUUUUGGACUAGAACUCCCAGGUGGUGAGAGUUGUUAGGAUACCCCCAUUCCCCUCCCAGAGAUACAAUACCCAAAAUGGCAUUUGUUCCUCUUCCUGAUGCAGUUGCCCACCCUCUAUCCCCCACGAUGGCUCACAAGGCACAGCAGUUUUCUGCCCCCUUUUCCCCACAGAUGUGUUUCCUGCUGGUGGAAGGAAGCUGUGCAUUAUGGGUAUGGAGCCAGCUCCACACAGGCUCCAUAUAGAUAAGCCUACACAUCAACACACUUGGGAGAUAAUAUGGCUGUUCCUUCAGAGUAAGUAACUCAGGGCAAACAGCUCUGCAGGAAUGUGUUUGACAGAGAAGCAAACAUUUACACUGUAGCAGUAAGCUUCUUUUCCAGGCUUAAAAUGUACAUAGCAGCAGUGCUCUCUUGGGUUUUAAUAUACCAGUCUGGCCGACCGCUACUGUUGCUUGCCUCAUAUGCAACUGCAGUUUAAAAUGAUUAAACUGUAAUUACAGAGGGAUCUUGACAGCAAAGUGCGGGGAAUAGUUUUUCAUUCCAUAGCAAAUAGUAAAAUUAAAAUUUCUGAGUAAUGUUAUAUUCAGCUGUAUCUUGGAUCUCAAACGCCUUGGCUCCCGAACAAAUCGGCCCCUGAAUGAUCAAAACCCAGAAGUGAGUGUUCUGGUUUU